AUAAAAGUUUAUAUAAAAUCAGUUACUUUUCGCGCAUGCGUGUUCUCAGUUGAGUUACAGGGGCACGAUGGCUGCGGACAGUGCCUUGUUGCUGUCUCUGGUGGAGGAGUAUGUCUCGGGACUACAGGACAACAAGGCCAAAGAUACAGCAAUAUGUGUGAAAGACGGACAGUUUACAAUACUACAGCUGGUGGAAGCACUGGGACUGAGUCUGACCAGCUCUCAGCCUCACACUCGAGCCAGAGGAGUCCAGCUUCUCUCUCAAGUGUUACAGGACUGCUAUGGAGGUCUUACGGAGAGAGAAGUGGAAGUGCUCAUUGCCUUCUAUGAAAACCGUCUAAAGGACCAUUACGUCAUCACACCGCCUGUUUUACAGGGGCUCAGAGCGCUGACAAAAUGCACGGCGUUGCCUCCUGGCUCAGCUGUGUCCAUGCUGAGGUCUUUGUUUCAGGAUGUUCAUGUUCAGUCUUUGAUGCUGGCAGAGAGAGCCUGCGUCUACAACAUGCUCAUCAACCUCAUGGAGACCAGAGAAGCCGAACUAAAGGGUUUGGGGGCAGACUUUGUGUUUGGCUUUGUCCAAUCAAUGGACGGAGAAAGGGAUCCUCGCAACCUCCUGUUAGCCUUCCAGGUUGCCAAGAACAUCAUCCACCGAGGUUAUGAUCUAGGUAAAUUCACAGAGGAGCUGUUCGAAGUGACGUCCUGCUAUUUCCCCAUCGACUUCACCCCUCCUCCCAAUGACCCCCACGGCAUCACCAAAGAGGAACUCAUCCAGACACUGAGGGACGUCCUCACUGGGACGCCACGAUUCGCUGAGUUUCUGUUACCUCUCAUCAUUGAGAAGCUGGACUCAGAUGUUCAGAGUGCGAAGCUGGACUCGCUGCAGACUCUGACUGCUUGUGUGUCACAAUAUGAGCAUAAGGACUUGGCAGAAUUCCUGGAGGGAUUGUGGGCAUCACUGCGCAGAGAGGUGUUUCAGACAUCUAGUGAGAAGAUUGAGUCUGCUGGCCUCACUGCUCUCACCGCACUCACUUCCUGUCUGUCUCGCUCAGUCCUCAGCUCUGACUCUGAAGACUCCCUCUGCACCUUCCUGGAUCUCAUUCUCAAAGACUGCCAACAUCACCUGUGUGAGCCGGACCUGAAGCUCGUGUGGCCCAGCGCCAAGAUGCUACAGGCCGCCUGCAGCGCCUCCAACAGGGCGAGCCACAUCAUAACAGCCGCUGUCAUGCCUGCUCUCAUUGAGCAGUACAACAGCAGGACACAGUGUUCUCAAAGACGAACACUACUGGAGGUGGUGCAGCGAUUUAUCCAGUCCGUAAAAAUCCAGUCUUCAGAGAACGAAGAGAGUGUGUUUUUAGCCUUCCGUCCGUCUCUGUGCAGCAUGGUGUUUUCAGCUCUGACAGAGAGUAAUUCCAGUCUGCAGAUCACAGCCACCCUUGUGCUCACCUCACUAGUACAACAAACAGUACUGUCUCUCUCAGGUCUGCUGUUGGACUCUGACAUUGAGCUGGCUGUAGAUCAUCUGACCAGACUGCUGCUGAUGGAGGAGGAUGACAGAGUCAGUCUGGCUGUGGUGGAGUGUGUUGGAGCCUUAGCAGAGUUGCACCCAGCAGCCUUCAUCACUAAACUGAUCCCAAGACUAAAGGAGGAGAUGUUUUCUGAGCCCAUGGAUCAAGACAACAACAGAGUAGCUACUGAGCAGCAUUCCCAUCAUGCAGUGCGCCAGCGGUGUUUGUCUGCUCUGGCUGCGGUGUCCACCCAACCUAGUGUUGUCCAGGAGAGCACGCCUGUCCUCUUGGAGGUCCUCAGCUCAGCACACACAGGUCGGGUUGGUUUCUCGGUGGAGGAGGUGGUGUUGGCGUGUCGCAGCCUCCAGGGAAUAGCAGAGCAGGUUCAGGACACUGAGGAGACGGGACGAUGCUUCCAUGACGUCAUUAUCCCACGCCUUCUGUCUCUGGCGCUGCAGGCAGCAGUGCAGGGUGAGGGGUCAUCUGGUCGUCGUAGUCCUCUUCUGGAGGAGGUGGUCCUGUCUGCCAUGGUCCCUGUCAUCAGUACUUCCUGCUCCAGACUACAGCCCACGUUGGCGGGACAGACGGCGUCGAGGGCUGUAUCUCUCUUCCUGGAAGGUGAUGUUUCCUUUUUGCCCGACAACUCCUUCCCUUCACACAUCCAGCUGCUCAAGAAGCAGCAGGGGAACUCAUGGAGCCAGUCUCAGAUGGUUUGUCUGCUCAUGGGAUGUGUGUGUUCGCUACCUCGCAGUGUGGAGGUGCCUCAGAUGGAUCACCUGCUGUCAGAGCUGGAGGAGAUGAGCUGCACCUGCAGCCACCCGCUGUCAUACACCUCAGCUGCAAAGUGCUUUGCUGGCCUGGUUAAUAAAAGACCACAGAGUGAUUCUCUCGACAGCCUAAUUCAGAGCACGAUGAAGAGAGUGUGUAGCGAGUUGGAUUCUGCGUCUUCAUCUGCACGCACUCAGGCUUUCACUCUCAUGAUCUGGGUUGCCAAGGCUCUGCUUCUCAGAUACCACCCUCUGUCCACAGCACUGACUGACAAGCUCUUUUCUCUGCUGGAUGAUGCUGAUCUGGGUCCUGUGGCAGCAGACGGCUUCUCGCUGCUGAUGAGUGACUCUGCAGACGUCCUGAACCGCGGUUGCCAUGCUGACGUUCGCAUCAUGUACCGCCAGCGCUUCUUUAGCGAGAAUUCAGCCAAGUUGGUCCAGGGCUUCAACGCUGCGCCUCAAGAGAAGAAGCCCAACUACCUGAAAGCUCUGUCUAACAUAGUCAACAAACUGCCCAAGCAGGUUCAAGUCACUGAACUACCAGCGCUCCUGUCUCUGCUGUUGGAGGCCUUGUCAUGUCCUGACCAGGGCAUCCAGCUGUCCACCCUGUCCUGUCUGGAGCCUGUCCUCAUCGACCCACCACCAGCGCUCAUCCAGCAGCUAGAAGCUUUGGUCAACAGGCUGCUGGCCCUCACCUCUAGCCCAGUCAUGAACGUAAGGAUCGCCUCCUUGCGGUGCAUCCAUGCCGUUUCCCUCUUCCCCGUCCACGAGGUGUUGCCGUUCCGGGCCCGAGUGCUGCGAGCUCUGGCCCGGCCUCUGGACGACAGGAAGAGGCUGGUGAGGGGCGAGGCGGUUCAGGCUAGAGCAGAGUGGUUCCUGUUAGGAAGUCCUGGGGGAAGGUGAUUUUGCUCCUCAAACACAGCCCAAGUCUCCUUUCUCCCAUCCUCCCUAAACUUGGAAGAAUACUGAUGUGGGAACGUCAAACGCUCACUGUGGAGCAUUGUCUAAGUUAAAAGAAUGAAAAUGACCAAUUUAUGUAACUCGCCUCGUGUAUGUUGUUGUCGUCUUUCUCGCUACGUAUUGGAGAAAAUGUAACAUCAUGUAGUCCAAUGCCCAAAGAUAAAAUCUUUUAGGUUUCCUACUCGUUCAGAUCAGCAGAAAUCAUUAUAUAAUCAUAAUACAAUGAAAGACGGUAUUUUUUUAAUGUUUAGUAUGUUUACUUGAUAAAUAACUAAGUAUUAUCAGCUGAUUUUCUGUCAAUUAACAAAACAAUCCAAAAAUGUAUACAUUUUUGCAAGAUUUUUGAAUAUCUAAUAAACCUUGUUUGGAUUUAAACAAAUCCUAUACGAAGAGAGAAAGCAAACACUACCAACAUUCAAUGGGAAAGUCACUGCAGUGCUCAUGGGCUGUGUGAUGAGUGAUCUGAACUGUGGUGGAAACAUUUUAUCCUUUUUAAUUUCAACUUUUUUAAAACCAUUUUGAGAAUUUGGGCUGCUGGAACCAUCAAAGAUCUCCACCGCGUAUAAAGAUUUGGCCUUGCAGCCAAAUGAGAGCAGCACUGAACCCAGCAGGCACUGACAGCCUUUUAUCUUCUCACCUGGAUGAAUGUGUAACUGAGCAGUAAUGUCUUAACAACAGCUGGAGUGUUUGAUUUGUGUCACUCUGGUGUGCCAGCUGGGUGGGGUUGUUGAGACCUGGGGAAAAUGGACGUGCCAAUUGUCCUCUGGAUGCUCACAGGGUGACAUGAAUCAAGCACUUCACACCUCCACUGCAGUGAGUUCAAUUUUAAGAUUAAUUUUACAUAAUUAAAUAUGUUUGGGGUUAAUGUACAUUGAAGUAAGUUAUGUGAACAAUAUGUCAACCAUCUUCCUUGUAUUCUCUCAAUAUUUGAACAAAUAUUGAUGCUAUAUCAGUUACUGUUGUCAUUUCAGUAAGGUUGACUGACAUCAACUUAUGCCAAGGAAAUAGACAAUAUUUAAAAUGUCUAAUUUAACAUGUCAUUAAAACUUUUCUUUGUAACAAAAA